AUGAUCGGCAUCAUCGUUCUGAUUGUAGUCCUGUUGGCCGACUACAUCUCGAUGGGACAGUUGGUCAUAGACAGCUCGAAGCUCACUGAAGAUGCUCUCUUUCAUCCGGAAAGCGAGUUGGCCGAACCACUAGCAGCCGCUACUUUGUUCGAGCCUAAGCUGACGGUCACUUCGAUGAGGCAGAAGGACGGCCUCUGCGACCCCUCAGUGGCUCAGUUCGCAGGCUAUUUCGAAGCCCGCCCUAAAAAAAGUUACUUCUUCUGGUUCUUCGAGUCCCGUAGUGAUCCUGAGAAUGAUCCGACGGUCAUGUGGCUAACGGGAGGUCCCGGAUGCAGUAGCCAGCUGGCCUUGCUAGGAGAGAACGGCCCAUGCUCGGUCAACAAGGAGGGCACGGGGACGAUUCCCAACGAUUAUUCGUGGAAUAAUCGAUCUAAUAUCUUCUGGGUAGAUCAGCCACCGGGAACAGGAUUCAGCAAGGGCUCAUACGAUCAUGAUGAAGAUGGUGUUGCCGAAGAUAUGUAUUGGUUCUUGGUCCAUUUGUUCACCAAACAUCCUGAGUACAACAGAAAAUUCUACAUAGCAGGAGAAUCCUAUGCUGGACAUUUUAUCCCAGCUAUAUCACACAAGAUCUUCCUCGAAAACAGGAAGGCCAACGGGUUCACUAUUAAGUUGGAUGGUGUGGCUAUAGGCAACGGUAUGACCAAUCCUGAAGAACAAUAUGAAGAAAUGAUGGCGGCUGUUCCCGGCUGUGUUGAAGCUAUUCGUAAAUGCAAUAAGGAUGGAAGUUUCGCUUGUACCAAGGCCUUCCUCCAAUGUAACCGCGCACUGUUCAGUCCAUAUCAGGAGAAGGGUCUCAACCCGUACGACAUGCGUCAGAAGUGCGAACACCCGCCGCUUUGCUACGACUUUUCGCAUAUUGACAAGUUCUUGAAUAAUAAGAAAGUCCAAGAGGAACUCGGUGUUAAUACCAAGUGGCAGGAGUGCAACACUCUGGUUAACAUCCUGUUCAACUGGGACUUUAUGCACAAUUUCCAUCAACUGCUCAGCGAUCAAAUAGAGAGUGGCACACGUGUGCUGAUCUAUGUCGGUGAUGUUGAUUAUAUUUGUAAUUGGAUCGGUAACAAGAAGUGGGCAUUGAAUUUGGAGUGGCAAGGUCAAGAACAAUUCAACAAGCAGGAGGAUCGGGAUUAUAAGAAUGCAUCCGGCAAAGUUGCGGGGAAAGUACGCAGUGUUACUUUGGACAAUGGGGGGCAGUUCUCGUUCAUGCAGAUUAGAGAGGCUGGGCAUAUGGUGCCGAUGGACCAGCCGGCGGUAUCUCUCCGUAUGCUCAACGACUUCCUCGAUGACAAGCUACCUACCCAACAUCUUGGCUCCUCUCCCCAGAUUCCCUUGUUCGAAGCCAUUGAGAGGCAAUAUGUCGAUACAGAUGAUCAACCGCUUGUAAUAGACGUUGUACUCUAG